CGUGGCCUCACCUGCCGCCCAGGUGAAUAUAUCUGCGCCAUCAGAAGCAGGAAGUGCUUUAGUUCCCUGUUGUCUCGUCUAUUGAUGUCCAAGAUGAUGCAGCGCGUGUCUCUGCUGUUACUCUGCCUCCUGCUCGCUACCGGGCCGGCUCUGGCUCUGGACUGCGCCUGGGACCCGGAUGUAGACCCGGACCAGGCUCUGGACCCGGUGUCCCUGGCCUCCGUGCUACUGCAGGGCCAGAACAACACCGUGGAGGGAUCGGACCCGCGGCUGUGCCGCGAGGCCUGCUGUCAGACCGCGGGCUGCGACCUGGCGCUGCUCGGCUUCCCCAUGGAUGGACUGCCGCAGUGCAUGCUGGUCCAGUGCGUGCGCCAGGGCCGGGACAUGUGCGUGUAUCGACCCAGCACGCAGUUCAAGAUUUACCGCAAGAAAGUUCCGACAGACGCCGAGACAAAGAACCAGGAGGGCGGGGAGGAACUGCGCGUCGUCCCGCUGGUGGUGCUGGGAGAAACCAACCAGACAGACAACAUCCGUUGCCGGCUGCCGAUGAAGGUGGGCUCGUGCCGUGCAGCCUUCCCCAGGUUCUACUACGAUGUGACCAAUCAGAGCUGUCGAGGCUUCACCUACGGAGGCUGUGACGCCAACGAAAACCACUUUGAGUCCAGGGAGGAGUGUGAGGCUAGCUGCAGCGGAGUCACAGGUUCAGUUCUUCCCGAUGAGUCGACCCCUGCUCCUGAUCUUCCUCCCAAAGCUCGGCGCCUGGCCCCCUUCGACUCCAAAGUGUCUGAUGAAGGUGUUGAGUCUGAAGCAGAUCCAGAGGCUCAGAAGACAGAAAAGGCCGCUGAUGACUUCGCUGAGCGCUGCGGGGCGGAGCCUGAUGGCGGUAACUGCAGAGCGGCGUUUCAGCACUGGUACUACAACAGCAAGACAGGAAGCUGUCAGACCUUCCUGUACGGAGGCUGCCAAGGAAAUAAGAACAACUACUUCACCGAGAAGGAGUGCAUCGCUGCCUGCACAGUCCAAGUGCUUCCCUCCUCCAAGAAAGACGCUGAUGAUGAUGAUGAUGAAGUUUCUGCAGAAUACAGAGAUAGCUGCAUGGUGACCUCUGACCCCGGGCCCUGCCGUGCUGCAUUCCCCAUGUUCUACUACGACAGCAGCACCUCCUCCUGCCAGAUGUUCAUGUAUGGAGGUUGUCACGGCAACAACAACCGCUACAGCAGCGCGGAGGAGUGCCUGAGCCGCUGCAGCAACGCUUCCUUUGAUGCUCAUGGAAACCCUCGCAAACACCUGACUACAGCUGUCUUCAUGUUCGUCACUCUGGCAGCCGUCUCUGCUCUGCUGCUGGCGGCGCUCGGCGUCCUCACGCUGAGACGCCACCGUCUGUCCCGCAGCACGUCCCCUGCCAGUGAUAAGGAGGAGCUGCUUCCUGAAGAUGAUCAUUCUUCUCUGGAGUCUCUGAGCGCCCCGGGCAGCCCCAAACUGGACAAUGCCUAAAAUGAGGGGGGUCCACCCUGUGGGGUUAGGAUUAGGGGUUCACCCCGGGGGUCCACAUCUUUAACCCGCUAUACUCUGGAUUCUCUCUGCAGACAGAAGAGUUGUAUGUGUCCUCUGUCCUCACUCGCUGCCUACGGUGAUUCAAUGAUAAGUUAGGGAACACAAAGGAUCCAUUAAAUCACUUUAAACUGUCAUUUGAAGUCAUUUAUUACGUCUGUUUUCAGGGUCACACAGAAUCUGCCCACACAGAACUUUCCUCAGAUUUGAAACUUAAAAAUAAAACUCUGAAUGUCAAAACAUCCAAACAGAAAAACAGUACGCUAAGUACUGCAGAUUUCCUAUUAAAGUUUAUGGGGAAAUGUAGCACCGUUUUUGCGAUUUUCCUGAGAACCGCUAGCAAAGUCAUAGCACAACAUUCCUGAUCACUCCGCAUGUUUUGAUGUAUUUUUUGCGUGUGUGUUGGCAAAGCUGCGCGACUAGUAGUGUGACAAAAAAUGUGGCCGAACAUGAAGAACCAGAAUAUUAAGUAUGACUAAUAGUCAGUGUGCCGAUGCAGGCUGCUACUGCGUCACAUCGGCACACUGACUAAAUCUAAACUCAGAAUGUUAAAACAUCUCCACAGAAAACGGUGAAAUAGUCACGCUAAAUUCUGCCGCUUUACAUUCUGGAUCAGCGCUGAAAACUGUAAGAACAUGGGCAGAUUCUGUUGGGCUCUGUUUAUGAGUUAGGGAACAGAAAUUAAGAAUCAAGUUAGUUUAAACUGUCAUUAGAAAUCAUUUCUUAAGUUAAAACUUGUGAUUACUUUUAGUGUGGAGUUAAUAUAAAGUCUGUUUAUAACGUUGUGUUAAUGUUUAAAAGGUCACUUGUCUUUUUAUAUCUUCUGGGUGGGACAGUUCAAUGUGUUUUUAAUCAGUUUUACGCUGCCAGAGAGCAGAAUAUUAAAAUCAGGGAGGGCAAACCGACGUCAGAGCUUUGAAGCAGCCAAGACAUGGAGCCUUCGUUUCCCAGAAUGCAACAUGACUCGUUGGCUCCCCCUGCAGGCUGAAAACUACUGCCUCUUUCUGAUAUGUGAUCCAUUACUGAUUUAUUGAUUUAUUAAAGGGGAGACACACACACACACACACACACACACACAGUGACAAACAUGCAGCAGCUUUUAUUUAGUAGUAAAUCAGACACUCUUUAAGGAUCCAACUCGGGAUUUUAAUAAUCCAUAUCGUAUCAUUCUAACCUUAGGAAACACUCCCAUCUUUGAUUUUAGGAUUAAAGGGAUCCAACAGCUGUCGCUUGUUGUUGUUGUUGUUGUUGUUGUUUUUCAGAUUCUGAUGCAGAGUUUAAAUCUAAAGUUAGAUUGUGUUUUAUUGAUCGUCAUUGAUGUGAUCAGUUUUACAGCUCUCUGUUCUGUGAUUAAUGAUUUAAGACGAUGUAAUGAUGGGGUUGAUGUAUUUGAAACUAUCAAUAAACUUUAACACCUUUUA